ACGUUGAUCAAUGACUUGGACAAGAGCACGGGGCGGUAUCGGGAUGAAGUGAGCCUCAAGACAGCCAUCAUGUCCUUCAUCAACGCAGUCCUGAGCCAGGGCGCAGGCGUGGAAAGCCUGGAUUUCAGACUCCACCUGAGAUACGAGUUUCUCAUGCUCGGGAUCCAGCCAGUCAUUGAUAAACUACGAGAGCAUGAAAAUUCAACCCUCGACCGGCACUUAGAUUUUUUCGAAAUGCUUAGAAAUGAAGAUGAACUGGAAUUUGCCAAAAGGUUUGAGCUGGUCCACAUCGACACCAAAAGUGCGACUCAGAUGUUUGAGCUGACAAGGAAGAGGCUGACACACACCGAGGCGUAUCCGCACUUUAUGUCUAUCCUGCACCACUGUCUCCAAAUGCCUUAUAAAAGAAGCGGCAACACUGUCCAGUACUGGCUCCUGCUCGACCGGAUCGUGCAGCAGAUCGUCAUCCAGAGUGACAAAGGGCAGGACCCUGACGCCACUCCCCUGGAAAACUUCAAUAUUAAAAAUGUCGUCCGCAUGUUAGUCAAUGAAAAUGAAGUGAAACAGUGGAAAGAGCAAGCAGAAAAAAUGCGAAAAGAGCACACCGAGCUUCAGCAGAAGCUGGAGAAGAAGGAGCGGGAGUGUGACGCCAAGGCCCAGGAGAAGGAAGAGAUGAUGCAGACGCUGAACAAGAUGAAAGAGAAGCUGGAGAAGGAGUCCAGCGAGCACAAGCAGGUCAAGCAGCAAGUGGCAGAUCUCACUGCACAACUCCAUGAGAUGAGCAGGAGGGCAAUCUGUGCUGCUGGCCCCGGAGGACCUCCAUUGCCACCAGGAGCUCCUGGUGGCCCUUCACCUUCUCCAGCUCCUGGAUCCCUUCUUCCCCCU